AUGGGUAAUAAUACAUUAUGUUGCUCUGAUUCUGAUCCUUUUGGAAGUGGCUCAAAAUUGAGUUUAUAACCUAACAUUGCUGCUCAUGCUUCAUUUGCUGGUUGCUAAAUCAACUUAAGUUAAAGCAAGUUAUUGUUUAAUGAGGAUGUUGACACAAUUGUUCUAAUUGUAAGCACACGACUCAAAAUGGGAUAAAAUAUAGAGGAUCUACUUAAGUAUUCUAUUACUUAUUAAAAUAGAAAAUAUGGAGGGUAAUCUGUAAUGAAUGAGCUCAAAUAAGUGCGUUUAAGUGAAGGUGGAAAACUUGAUUUAGGUUAAGUAGUAUAUACGCAUGCAGGAGAUGUAUAAAUAUAGAUAUUAAUAAUUAGAUGGAGUUUGAUUAUAUUAUAUACACUGUGCUAUCAAGUUGUUGCGAAACUACAAUGAUGAUGCCGAAGAGUUCAUAUAAUACUGAUUUUUCUACUGAUUUCUAACCAACCGAAUCUUUAGAAGAGGGUCUAAGGUAAUAAAUAGAUGGAGUUAAUAUAUAUACUGACAAAAUUAUUGAUUCAUAAUAGAGGCAUGAGAGAUAAAACAUCUAUGAAUGCAUGAUUAAUUGCCUUUAGUUAGCAGCUAACUUAGGAGUCAAAUCAAUUGCAUUUCCAUUGUUUGAACCAUUUAAUGGACAUAUUUCUAAGUCUAAAAUAGCUGCGAUUAUGUUAUUUGCAAUCAAAUAGUUUUUAAAUGACAAUUAAAAGAGUUCUUUGGAAGAGAUUAAAAUUAGCUCUUAAGUAAUUUCAUUUAUAUUCUAAAUUUAGGAUACUUCAGUCAUUCGUAUUUUUAAAUAUAUAAUUAAUCAUAUGUUUUGUGAUAACUCAGAAACGACAAUAGAUCCAAAAAAUAGAUCAGCAUUAAAUAACAAAGACUUAUAGAUUAGUUCUAUCUACGGCAAUGAGUAUGACCAUAAUGAAUAAAUUCAUUAAAUGAAAGCUGAUGACUUAUUCAAGUUUCUUCACCAUUGUAAUGGUGGAAAUGAUACCAAUAAACAUAAAGGCUCUGUUUGA